GUUAACUAAGCAGUCGCAGUAUGUCAUUGGUUAGAUAAUCCAAAUAUCUAUUUCCGUCACAAUAAAGCAUAAGCGCUUAUAUAAAAGGACAGAUCAAUUGUCGCACUGAAGAAAAGAAAUUCAAAGUGCAUUUAACCUUGACCUUGGCCGACAAAAAAAACAACAAAGAUAAUGGAGACGUUACACCUGCCGGCGGAUUGUGAGAACUUUGUCUUGAGCUUCCAGCAGCCUGGCAUGGGACACGACACCUGUGUCCAAGCCUACGACAAAGAUGACGCAGUGAAGCUGUACGCCCAGUCGGCUGUCGCCCUCGCCUACAGAGGUCCACAGUACUGUGCUGAUAUGGCGGCGGCACUCGUGGGGGAGAGGAGGGAGGAGGCGGUGGUUCUAGACGUGGCCGCUGGGACUGGUCUUGUGGGUGAGGAGCUACACAAACGUGGGUUUAAACACAUCCACGCUCACGACGGAGCGUUGAACAUGAUAGAAACGUGUAAACAAAAGGGAAUCUACUCUAACUUCAUUCACUGCCUCAUUGGGGAAGGGAAGCAAAUCCCGACCGCUGAUGACACAUACGAUGUUCUUGCGAUGAGCGGCGGCACAUGUGAGAACCAUCUUCCACCAUCAGCUCAGCAAGAGUUUGUCAGAGUUAUCAAACCUGGAGGUUUCAGAUUGCAUUGUCUUCAUGUCUUGACCCACGUGCCAACUGUGAAUCGUGUCGGUCAAGUAGAACUGUCCGAAUUUUCACUCCUGCGUUUCCGUCAAGACAGACAGACCGACGAGGAAAUUUUUUGUGAACGCCUACAGAUCGACCAUGCCUACCAUCGAGUAUGGCAGAUUGUGGGAGGCCGAAGCUGGAAAACUGGAGGCCGCAGGAAAAUGGAGGUUCUAUGGCAGGCUGAUGUUCCGGAAGUACAAUUUGUAUUCCGACGGGUUUGUCGACAUCUACCAAGUACAGAAAUUCUAGUUUUUGAAGUCAAUUCACGCAUAACGUUUAUGUAAUUGUUACUUUGAGAGGCUUCAUCUUUUCAUACCAUCAUCACCCGCUGUGGCAUUUGUCUAUCGAUAUCCACUCCGUUAUAAGUUAACAUAUUGUCACAGACAUCACAGUAUACUUAACAGGGUACCAAUUCUUCCUACUUUAGUCUUUAUUCAAAACAUAGUUAACAUCAGUCUACAUCACCCGCAUAACCCGAACUUCCUAUUCAUUACCUAGCCCCUAACUCCUAGCUUUUAUUCUACAGCAAUAACCUUCUUUCUACCUCCUACGUCACUAUCUCACCAUGCGCGUCACAUCUUCAUUUGUUCAACAUAUGCGCACACCAAUAUUCACACGCACCAAUCUAUACUCUCGGAAAAUGCACCAUAACAGUGAUGGUAAUGUUAUUUAAUUGCUUUACUUGGCUGGAUUGCAUGUAAAAUUCAUUUCUAAUGUACAUAUAAUAUACAAAAUAAAAAUAAAUAUGAUUUGCAAUUUCAAAAUCUCUACAUGAAACGUUUACUAUAAUAUAUUGUAACUUGAAUUUUCUUAAAUUCGAAAAUUCACUUUAUGAUUACUACUGUAAAUGCGAUAUUCGUCUAAAGAUACAUUAUAUUUUGAAUAAAGAAUAUUCACUAACAAUCAUAAAUAACUCUAAUACUUGUCCAAUUUAAUAAUCUGUCUAAAUUGGUUGACAAUGAAAA